AUGCCUGCAAUCGCUGUAGGACCGCUAAAGUUCAUUGCAACGGGAAAUCGCCAUGCUCUUACUGCAUUCCGAGGGAUCCUGAGUCCUGCUCUUACAGGUCUCAACAAUCCCCCCGGGAACCAACCACUCAACCUCAGCAGCGGUCAAAGUAUAUCCACCAUUGAUUCGACCGAAGAACAGAGCCUCAAGAUUCUACUACAGCAACAGAACACCAAGCUCGAUGCAUUACUCAAGCACAUCUCCAAUAUACAUCAACCAUAUCGCUUCCAAAAUAGCCUCUCCAGACCGUCAAGAAACUUAUUCUCAUGCUGCGAAGCCCCGCUUCCAUUAAUCCAAAGUGCGACGAGUGCCUUUUUCUGUUUGCAUGUAAUCGAUGUGAAACUAAGGGCCUUGGAGAUUUGCACCGAAAACGCCCAGAUACGAGAUGGGACCAAGGCCGGCUCUUCUUCCUCCUUUUCAAUUUUACACGACCAGAUUUUGGAUGGAGGGGCAACGGAUAUCGAGGCGUGGGAUGGCGAAGAUGCCGACAUCAACUCAUGGAGUCCAAUUGCGGAUAAUGCGUCUCCCAAAGCUCCCAAAUACGCGCUCGAAACCCUUAAAAGAACGGAAAUCAUUCGUCUGAUACAAAAAUAUCAAGAUAUAGCCGGGAUGUUGUAUCCAGUGAUAGAUGCGACGCAUCCAGAGCAAUUGGUCGAAAAUGUGUGGGCCGCUGAUAAGACAAAUACAGAGAGCCUUCCUCAGUGGAAUCGAAGCCAGAUAGGCAUCGUCGAGAUGAUGGUCGCUAUUGCUCUGACUGAUGAGAACGAGGCUUCCUCAGAACUGAUGCAGACCCUCCACGAUCAUGUGUUACCAGAUGUUCAGUACAUGGUGUGGAAUACGAGAGUUGAUCUUCAAGGGUUAGCACUUUUGGUACUCGUGAGUCUAUAUUACUAUUACUCCCAUAAGUGGCGUAAAGCCUGGCGUUUCAUAAGGAACGUUGUACGAAUUAUCCUGGAGCUGGGAUUGAAUCGAAGAAUCGUUCUGGAUCGGUCCUUUCCCGAUGAAAAGGCACAUACCCAGGCACUUAACACAAUGUGGACUGUCUUUGUACUUGAGCAACAGCUGAGGUACGCCCUGGGACUCUCUACGACCAUGCAAGACUUUUUCAUGGACCCAACUCUUCCAAAACCGGUCAACGCUCCGUAUUUGGAAGCAAUGAUUCACUACGCUCGGAUUGGUGCAAAAGCAUGUGAAACAUUGUCUUGUGAUGAAUCAAACACCCAAGUGAUGUCCGGAGACUGCCAAGAUGCAUAUACAUACUUUCAGUAUCGCCUUAGCGAAUGGCGGAAAGCGAUCGGAACCCAAUUCCAGUUCAAAUCCACAAGCAAGAGGGCAGAUCAGUGGAACAGCCAACUUGACGCAAUCCUUCGAUUAAGGGCCAACAACUUGCACUUUGUAGUAACGAGAUUUAUGUUCUUCGAAAGACAAUUUCGCGGCAUGGUCCCAGCCAACUUGUGGUCCGUAUGCAUGGAUGUGGCUGCUGACACUACCUGCAUUUUGGCCACCAUUGACGGCUCCCCAGCGGCUUUCCAGGCUACUAAAUCCGAGUCGAACUAUUUUCUUGUCUCGUCGAUGGGCAUCUCGUUCCUUGCCAUGUUGCAAGGCUCCUUAUUCCCAAUUGCUGCACAGAGCCCGUUAGACCCGGAAACGUGCCUGAGGGCCCAGCAAAGCGCGAUCCUUUGCCUCAAUUUGCUGCGAAAUCGAGCAGAUAUAUCACGACAAUCAAGACAUCUGUGGAGCCGUGUCAGCGAUCUUGCCUCGCGCUUGAAUCUCCUGGGUUUCUUGGCUCCCGUCGCUCCCGGCAACAUUGAGGAGGUCCCAGGUACCGCGGAAACCAUGAGCAUUACCGAUACAUGGGAGACACACACGAGUAAUUGGGAGCAGGGGCUCGCUGGCUUGUCACCAAGUAGUGUUACGGCACUUGAAUUUCCUGUCGGUGAGAAUAAUGCUGACGGAUCCACCUCAGCGAGCAAGAUCUAUUCGGCAUUCGACAUAAUGUUUGGCCCUGAUUCCGUCUUUAAUGGGAUUGAUGAAUGA